UGAAAGCGAAUGCGGGCAGAGCUGCGGCCGGGCCGGCGCGAGGUGAGGCCUCGGAGGAGAUGCGCCUCCUGCCCAGCCCCGUGGCCAGAUGAAUCUCGUAUCGAUGGCAGCUGUGGUGGCCGUGGCGGAGCCAGAGCUGAAAUGGGUGUCCCUGUGGCUCCGUGUCCGCUGGGCGGCGGUGCUGGUCGUCCUCGUGGGCGCGCUGCUUGUGCCGUGGCUCCCACUGGCGCUGGUGGAAGAGCAGUACCAUGCCAUGCUCAAGGGCUUGUCCUUGCUGAAAAGCAAGCUGGGACUGGGCUACGUGGGGAUCACCAGCUACACGGGGCAGACGACCGGCCUCAGCGUCACCUCGGGCAGGCUGGAGCUGCUGGUGCUGAAGCCCAAGGUCUCUCAAGAGGUCAGAUUAGAAGCCAGAGCAGCCCUGAACCAAGCGCUGGAGAUGAAAAGGCAAGGGAAACGCGAGAAGGCACACAAACUUUUCUUGCACGCCCUCAAGAUGGACCCUGAUUAUGUGGAUGCCUUGACCGAGUUUGGCCUCUUCUCUGAGGAGGAAAAGGACAUCAUUCAGGCUGACUACUUGUACUCCAAGGCUCUAACCAUCUCUCCACAUAACGAGAAGGCGUUGAUUAGCCGCGACCGGACGCUGCCCCUUGUCGAGGAGAUCGACCAGAGGUACUUCAGCAUCAUUGACAGCAAGGUCCAAAAGAUCUUCUCCAUCCCGAAGAGCAACUCUGCCCUGCGGCGCGUGAUGGAGGAGUCGUACUACCACCACAUCUACCACACGGUAGCCAUCGAGGGGAACACGCUCACCCUCUCUGAGAUCCGGCACAUCAUCGAGACCCGGUACGCUGUUCCCGGGAAGAGCCUGGUGGAACAGAACGAGGUCAUCGGCAUGCACGCCGCCAUGAAGUACGUCAACACCACGCUGGUCUCCAGAAUAGGGUCCGUGACCCUCAGCGACAUCCUGGAGAUCCACAGGCGAGUGCUGGGCUAUGUGGACCCGGUGGAGGCCGGGCGGUUCAGGACUACGCAGGUGUUUGUCGGGCACCACAUCCCGCCCCACCCCCGCGACGUGGAAAAGCAGGUGCUCGAGUUCGUACAGUGGAUCAACUCGGAAGAUGCCAUGGGCCUCCACCCAGUUGAAUUUGCGGCCUUGGCCCACUACAAACUUGUUUACAUACACCCCUUUGUCGACGGCAACGGCAGGACCUCCCGGCUCCUGAUGAACCUUAUCCUCAUGCAGGCCGGCUACCCGCCCAUCACGAUCCGCAAGGAGCAGCGGGCGGAGUACUACCACGCCCUGGAGGUGGCCAACGAGGGGGACGUCCGGCCGUUCAUCCGCCUGAUCGCCAAGUGCACCGAGACCACCCUGGACAUGCUGCUCAUCGCCACCACCGAGCACUCGGUGGGCUUGCCCGAAGCACACGGCAGCACUGUGGAGUGCCAACAGACCAUCUCCGUCAAAACCCGAACGUGACACGGAGACGGGGGGGGGGGGACGGACCCGCCGGCUUGGCACCUGUGCUUCCAGACAUCUUAAGGGGGCGGAAUGAAAGAGGCACUUUUAGGCAUUUCAUUUAUUUAAAACAGUUUUAAGUUAAAA